GCCCGGACGCCCGUGCGCCUGCGCGAAACAAUUGAAGGCCCGCGGGCGCUGCCGGCCGCGAAGGGCGCAGCCGCGGCAGGCCUGUGCGCGGCGCGGCGCGGCGUGGCGUGGCGCUACGUGGCGCGGCGUGGCGCAGUUGGCGCGGCGUGGCGCGACAGAGAGUCGAGAGGUUUGAAACCGAAUUUGGUGUGUAAUCAGCAGCUGUUAUUAUUCACUGAACUUUUGUAACCAAUCGGAAAUGGGUGGCUGGUUAUUGGAAGUUGGUAAAAUGGUACUUUACAUGUCAUUUCCUGUGGGCAUGUUUCAUUACUUCAACCAACCUGAAUAUUUUGAACAAUGGGUUACAAAAACCAGAAGAGAAUUAUACCCUCCAGAAAGUGAGGAAGCUCGUAAACAAAUUCAAGACUGUAUUAAAGAAGUUAAUUCUAAAUAUGAUAGAAAAUUGCUUGAAGAACUAGAAUUAUUGAAGAAACAUACGCAUUGAAUAAAGAAUAUAGAUACUUUGAAUUUGUUGGUUAUUCAAAAACAGUGGAUGAAUCUGUUUCCUGUUGAGAAACAUGUGUAGAUUAGUAUUGUAGAACAUUACUUUCAAAAUCUUGGUGUUUUGAAAAGUUAUUGUAUGUCGUAAGACGUUUGUACAAAAAAUGUCAAUAAAUCAAUAAAAAGCACUCUGUGUUUAUAUUUGCAAGUUCUGGCCAUGUCAUUUGCUAGGAAUCCUUAAAGAUAGAAUUUUAUGUGAAAUACUCAUGCCAUGAAUGUACACAUGUCUAUUGAGAAGAAUGUAUUUGUAUAUUUAAUUUGGACAUGUCAGUAAACAAAUGAUGAAAAAAUAAUGUUGGUUUAUGUUUACAAAUAAUUUAGAAAGCCAACAAUUCAUUUGAACACAAUGGAUAUUGUUAAAAUACAGCAGAGAGAUCAUGUGGAUGAAGUGAUGACAACACUGAAAUAUUUUGCCAAGGCUGGUAUUGCAACUGAUCUUGCUCUGAUGGCAGGAAGUGAACCACUUCACUUACAUCAGUUAGUACUUUCAUGCUUCAGCAAUUAUUUUGAAUCUCUCUCAGAGGAGAAUGUAAAGUAUAUUAUAAAUGCUGAUGUAAGAAAAACUGUACUUGAAGCCUUAAUUGAUUAUAUUUAUAAAGGCAUAGCAAACAUUUCACAAAGAUACAAAAAACAGUUGUUACUCACAGCUAGCUCUCUUCAAAUUGAAGGUCUUGGUGCAAUCAAUUCACAUGAUUUUGAAUCAUCUAGCAAGAAUGAUCAAGCAACUAUUAUAUGCCCAAAUCACAAAUUACAUUUAUCUCAGAAGAUUUGGGAUGCUCGUCAAAAUCCAUCCAAAACUGAUGUGGUGUUCAUCGUUAACAACAAACACAAAGUUUUUGCACAUGCAUGUAUUUUGAGUGCCUGCAGCCCAUUUCUUCUUCAAGUAUUUACUGGACAUUGUGCUGAGAAGAGGAAGCCUUAUAUUGUGGCCUUACGUAAUAUCAGAAAGGAUGACUUAGAAUUUGUUUUACAAUUCUGUUACAAAGGAGAAGUUCACAUUCCUUCACAAGACAUUGAGUCAGUGUAUAAAGUAGCUGACCUCCUAGGUAUAGACACACUUAGUAAGCUACUUUCGGCCAAGAUGCCUAUUUACGAAGUUGUAAAAGUGCCUGAAAAGGAGAUAGAAGGAUGUUCAACCAAUAUAAUUAGCUCAUCUCUGAAACCAGCCGCUUUAGCAGAGUUGUUGAGAUAUGAAAGAAUGGUAGAUGUGUAUAUAUUUUGCAAACAAAAAAUUUUUAAAGCACAUAGUGUCAUAUUGAGUAUUUACAGUAUUUUCUUCAAAGAGUUGGCAAUUUUCCUUAAUUAUAAUUUGAAAGAUGUUGUUGUUUUGAUGGAGAGUUUUAAUUCUAACAACAUACAAACUUUACUUGAAUAUAUCUAUGUUGGAGAAGCAAAAUUUGAAGGUGAUAUGGAAGAAUUUAAAGCAAACAUGUCAGAAUGGUUAGAUUUAAACAUUCUUCCAGUUUCUCCAGAUGUAGCUCCCCGAAUAUUUACUUCCUUGAAAUCCUCUAACAAGGAGGGUGAAACUAAAAUAGACUCUGCUGUUUGCAAUGACACAGUAUUAAAACCAAAGGUAAGGUAUCUUGGAAGGCAGGCAUAACAUAGGAGUACCCCUCAGAAACUGCUAAAAACAGCUAAUUUAAAAGCUUUUUAGCUUUCCUCUUAUUUCUCAAAAAGUGUAGUAUUUACAGAAUUAUGUCUGCUUGUACAUAUUUUAUGUAAUUAAAUUAGUGUUAUUAAUAAGCAAUGCCUAGUCAUAUUAAUAAAAUUAUCUUUGUUUUCAGACUGAGAGCAGAAGGUUUGUGAAAGAUGGAAAAAGUAAAGACGAUGAAUGUAAGGAAAGCUCGGAAAAAGAAGAGUUCAUAAGUAAUAAAACUGUUCAUGUAAAGGAAGAGUUGAAUAUUACUGAAUCCGAUGCCAUUAAUAAAAAACACUUUCCAAUAUCAAAGCAUCAAAAUAAACAAACCUUGUAUACAAUAAAAUGUAAUUCUCAUGAUUGUGAUGAAAAUGUACCUGAAGAUGUUAGAGAGAAAAUGGAAAAUAGAUAUCAUAGAAUAAACAGUAAUGAUAAAUUAAAUGCUUCCAGAAUUAAAUGCAUUCCAGGAAGAUACAUGCACGCAAAAGUGGAAAUAAAAAAUGAAUUGGUUGAUUUAGAAUGUGCACAUAAUAGCUUUGAAAAAGAAAACAAUAUGAUAGGAGAGACACAUGUCCCAAUGAAAUGUGAAGAUGAUUUGAACAAAAAGGAAAAUAUGAAAAAUAAAACAUAUGCCCAACUUGUAAACAAACAAAUUGUAUCUGGAAAUAAUGUUCAUGAAAAUACCAUAAGUUUAAGAUCUGAGAAAGAAGAUAGUGAAAUUGAUGAUCCAGAAAAAUUAGAAUCUGUAAUUAAAAGUUCAUCUGAUGAAUUAAAUGACAUUAAGAAAAAUAAUCCACAUGUUAUGGCAAAGAAGCAUAAACAACGUACCUUUGAAUGUCAGACAUGCAAUUCAAAAUUCACAGCACGUUGGGAAUUCAAGUUACAUCUUUUAGAUCACCCAGAUGGCAAUGUUCGGCAGUGCAAACUCUGUCUAAAGGAGUUCAGUAGACCUAGUGAAUUGCAAAAUCAUCUUCGAACUCAUACGGGUGCCAGGCCUAUGCAGUGUGAGACAUGUGGGAUGUGUUUCAUAAGCAAAAACACCCUGCGGAAACAUGAACACACACACACUAAAAAGAAAACUAGUGAAUUUGAAUGUGAGGUUUGCAAAAAAACAUUUUCUCGCAAGCAGUACCUUCAGGAGCACAAACGAACCCAUUCUGGCAGUAAGCCAUAUGAGUGUGAUGUCUGUCACAAGAGUUUCGUUGGUAAAACAGGUCUGAACCAUCACAAGAAAAUACACAAGAGUGCUGAUGAGAAGAAGAGUGCCAUGUGCGACAUUUGUGGGAAGAGUUUCACACGACAUGCUCUUUGGACUCACAUAAAACUUCACAACAAAGAACAGAAGUGCGAGUACUGCAGCAAAUGUUUUGCUACAACUUCAGCUCUAAAGCUUCACGUUGCAGGGUCCCAUCUUGGUCGCAGUUCACACCAUUGCAAUACUUGUGGUAAGGGUUUUUUAAGAAAAGGACACUUAAGUAGGCAUUUGAAAGUACAUGAAGAGGGGGGAAAUGUUGUUACCUUCACAUGUACUCAGUGUCCUUCAAAAUUUAAAGACGAAUCACACUUGAAGGCACAUGUUAAAAGAAAGCACACAGAGCAGAGUAACAUAUCUCAGAUGUGUGGAAUCUGUGGGAAACACUUUUCAACACAGAGUACAUUAAUUUAUCAUCAAAGAUUGCAUUUCCAUGAGCGUCCACAUCGGUGUAAUUUGUGUGGGAAAACCUUUGCUAUGCCUUAUCAACUCAGAGAUCACACCAAACUUCAUCACAAUGAUGAGAAGCAUUUCCCUUGCACAGUAUGUAAGAAAAAGUGUGCUACACAAGCUUUACUAAACAGGCAUCUGUUGACACACAGGCCCACAUUUGCCCCAAAGAUUAAACCUCCAGGGUCUUUUACAUGCAGUUACUGUGAUAAAAUAUAUCCCACAAAAUUGGCUCUCUCCAAUCACUCUCGAACCCACAAUUUUUCUCGACCUUACCAAUGUAAUGUUUGUCGAAAGGCUUUUCGGUACCAGGAUAGUCUUCUGAAACACUUGAAGCUCCAUUCAAACAAUGUCAGCUCAGAAACAACUGCCAAAGAAUUACCUUGUAUUUAUACAAUACAAGUUUGCAGGCCAUCUUUUGCUUCGGUUAGUUCAAAUAUGCCCGAAGGCCAAAAUUAUGUUAGUGAGCCAGAUCCGACUGAAAUGCUCAACAAUGCACCAUUAUCUGGCACUCUGACAGACGGAGGUAAUGAUAGUAUGUGUUUAAAUAUAUCUGAGAAGACUGCAGAUGACAUCAACUUACUCCAGCUGAAGCCUGUUGAGGAGGCUUACCUCAACCAACCAACAUUGCAGAAUGAGGAAGUGGAAUUUCCAAGCAUGCAAACCAUGGAUACAAGCUCCAUGAAUAAUUUGACUGUAGGAAAAGCUCCUGAUAUGACCACCCUAUCCCGUCGACCUUACAGUAUCACAAUUGAUGGAAAUCUAUGUUACAAUACUACUUUAUCAACAGAUGGAGACAUUACACCUUCCAUCACCUUGCUUCCUGAAAGAACAGAUUUAGAGAUCUCAGACAUGGAUGUUCUAUUGCCAGUAACACAUCCCACUAGUAUGGUGGAACUUUCACAGCUGACAGUGGCCCUCCCUUCUCAACAUUCAACACACGAAUUUGACAGCUCUCAAACCAAAGAUUUUUCACUAUAAGAUUUAAUGUCACCUCAAAGAUAAAAACAUUUGUAAUCACAACAGUUGCCCUUGUAAGGUAGUGAGAGUUAUAUCAAUGUCAGCUAGAAUAAAGUAUCAGGUAUUAAAAUUCUUAGGUUUCAGUAUUUCUUUUGAAAUACAGUGACUGAGAAUUUCAAAAGUAAAUAAAGAUGUAAGUAUAUUUAGAUAUUCUGUAAGAUUCAUCACUAUUUUAUUGUGAAUAAAGAUGGAAAAUAUAUUAAGUAUUAAAUGUCAUUCAAAGGACUAUUUUUAUUGAGUCCCUAACCAGUCUAAAAAUAUUAUUCACUUGAAAUUCUCAGAAUUCAAUGUAAGUGAACUGAACAGAGUAACUGGAACUCAGGUCAGUUGUAUUAAAUGUGCCAAAUUGUUGUAUGUGGUGAUAACCCACUUGGACAAACCUUAUUCAUGUAUUGCUUGAUUGUAACAGAUUAUCAAAGAAAUAUUUCCAUAUUGCCAUAUUUACCUACUCAAAUGAUAAAUGGUUCAUACAUUAAUAUUACAGAUCAUUCAUUAAUUAGAGAAGUGAAGUUUUAAAACCCAUUAACUAAGAUUCAAAUCUUUGCCAAAGGCUAGAACAUGAAAUUUAGAUUUGAUAUGGCUGAUAUCAUUUGCUUUAGUUUUGUAUAUUUUGGUCUAAAGAAUAUGCCUGAAGGCCAAAAUUAUGUAUUUCAGUGAAUGCCAUCUGCAAUACGGUUUUGCAAAAACUCUAUUAAAUUUUAAUUUACUUUCAAUAAGAAAUUCAAUUUAGGUCUGUAGCAAAACUUCAAAAAAGUCAUAAUCAUGGACAAAGUGGAGCCAAUGUAUGAUAUAUCCAUUUUUUAAAUUAAGAAACUAAUUUUACUUGGGUUUGGCAUAAUGCUGAAGUACAUCAGUCAGUUAUCUUGACUCAAUAAUUUCGAUGUUUUGCUCAUACAAGAUGAUGUGGGAAAACAAAAAACUUUUCUUCAAUUUUUACACACGUUUGCUAUGAGUAAGUAUUUAGCUUUCAUCAAAACAGUUUUGUAUUUUGAGGUCGAUUAAUUAAGGAAGAAUCGUUCUCUUACUUCAAUAUGCAAGCACUCUAAUAUGAAAGAGAAGAAAAUAGCAGAGACGUGUGUAACAAUUAGAUAUUAGUUGAUCAUUAUUUUCUACUUGUUUAUAAUCCUAAAGUGAAAACAGAUUUUUUCAUUUUGUUGGAGGCUGCAAGAAAGAUAGAGUUGAUAGAACUGGGGAGAUAAGAUGCUCCAUUGCAGACUCAUUAGUCUUUAACAGUUAUUUGCCCUCGUAGACAUGCUUACGGGUGUGCUAAGUAAAGGAGAGAAAAAGAAAGACGGUAAAUUUGAAUAUUAAUUAUUAGUGAAUCAAGAAAUUACAUGACUAAUUAGACUGACCAAUAAACAUUUUCUUUCUGAUAAUCUUGUUUCAAAAACUAAAUCAUUCAGAAGAAUGAAAUAUGGAGUUUUAUGCAAUACUACUGUGAAUAAGUACUUAUAUUGUAAUAAGUAUAUCUUGUUUUAUACCUACUGAUUAAAAUACUCAAUAAAAUUACAUAUUUAUUAUAUUUAAUCUUAUUUAUUUUGAAGUGUCAAAGCAUGCAGAAUCUGUAUCCUGCUAGAACUUUUGUUCAUCUGAAAAUUACCAAAAAGGAACCAAACAAUCAAAAAUGAAAGGUGAAAAGUUUCAUAGUGAACACCAGGGGUGGAUUUUGAUGACUUAAAUCACCGUCAAAAAUGAUCAAUAAAAUGCUCUUAAAAUGUAAAAGUGCCCUAAAAGCAAAGAAAAAUGAAGUAAAAUACGGG